GGUCUAGACACAGUGAACCACUUUUCAUUGCUUUCGUGACUAGUGGAUAAUGGAAUCCUUUACACUUUUGGUCUACCAUGUGUAUUUCUGGCAGUGCUAGGACUUUUUCAGCAACCAUAAAAAUAUAAGCAAUUAAAACACAAGAAUUCCUCGUGAUGUGUAAAGCUAGAUGUCAAGUAUGUCUGGUUGAGAGACUACACAAGACGAUAAGGUCACGAGAGAAGAUGUGCUGACAAAACAAGGAAUUAAAAAAGUUGUCCAGAUAACAACAGUGGACACGCCUGACAUCAGACUAUCACACAGCAUACCGGGUAUCAACCUGUAGACAAAUAUUUAAAUCAGAGAGGAUGUGGCGGUGUGCAUGGCUUAUGGUGUUCUGACAGCCACAGCAGCGGUCCACGACUACAGAACCAAAGUUAAGCGCGAACUAAGACGACAGGCGAGAAUCUGUGGUGAGAACCAGUUCUUGUGCACUUCCGGUGAGUGCAUUCUAUCGGAGUGGACGUGCGACACACAAGCCGACUGUGCUGACGGGUCUGAUGAGCAGGAAUGUGAGUGCAGGUGUCGAGGCGAGAACAGGUAUCAGUGUCACAACGGUAAAUGCGUGCCUGCCGCCUUCGUCUGCGACGUGGACGACGACUGCGGCGAUAACAGUGACGAAAUCGACUGCCACUACGUCACGUGCCGGCCCGAACAGGUGCAGUGCGACAACUUCAAGUGCAUCAAUCCGUGGGACCUGUGCGAUGGUGUUGACGACUGUCGUAAUGGAUGGGACGAGAGAGACUGCGGCGGCUGCAGACCUUGGCAGGUGGCCUGCGGCAACUCCGUGUGCAUCGACCCCACGUGGAUGUGUGACGGCGACGACGACUGCGGCGAUGGAUGGGACGAGAGUGACUGCGCCACCUGCAGAGAGGAGUACAUCCUGUGCGGUACUGGCACCCGCUGCAUCCCUGCUACCUGGAGGUGUGACGGGUGGCCUGACUGUGCAGAUGGAAGUGACGAACACGGUGUGUGUGUAACACCACCACUCACUUCCUGUGUAACAACGGCCAGUGCGUCCGCAUGGACUUCCGGUGUGACGAUGGCGACGAUUGCGAGGACGCGUCUGAUGAAAUGGACUGUCCUACUCUGCACCCAAGCGUGUGCAACGACCGAAUGACUAUGCGAGGGUGCGUGCUGAUGAACGACACGUCGACCCCCAUCUGUCUCGACGACGACCUCGGCUUCAAACUCUGCCGCAAGUUCUGUGACCUUUGCUCUCCUGAUGAAUAAAACUGACAGCCCAUUAAACUCCAUGAUCGAGACUGAGUGAAUUUUUUUUUUUUGGCAAAGUCGGUCUGGAAAAUGUUCACCGCUGUCUCAAACAUUCUCAGACGAGUGGAAGGGAUAGGCGUCCUGGCGUCCCUAGUCACGUGAUUGCGAAUAAAACCGGUUUCUUUCUUAA